CGUGCGGACACCAACUUAUAGCGGGGGGAAAGGCCGGUCCAGGCAACUUCUCCCAAAUUUGGGCAGGACAGGGGCAUCCAUCGCCUGAGCUGGGAUCUAGAAAUUAAUGUCUGCUGACUCCGGUUGCUUCCACUGGGCAUUGCUGAAACGUAUGAAGAUAAGAAGCAUUAGCAGCCUCCUGCCUCUGACCGGGGGCUGAUUUCAUUAAGCCCUUAUCAAAGAGAUGUUGUGGUGUCCAGCCGACUCAGGAAUUAAUAAGGUGAGUUAAUAAGAGAUUAUGGCUGAUGUGAUAAAGAAGGUGAAGAAGAAGGGAGAAUGGAAGGUGCUGGUAGUGGAUCAGCUCAGCAUGCGGAUGUUGUCCUCCUGCUGCAAAAUGACGGACAUCAUGACCGAGGGGAUAACAAUUGUGGAAGACAUCAACAAGCGCCGAGAGCCGCUGCCGAGCCUGGAGGCGGUGUACCUCAUCACCCCAUCGGAGAAGUCAGUUGAGUCUCUCAUCAAUGACUUCAAGGAACCCCCCAAUGCCAAGUACCGGGCUGCCCAUGUCUUCUUUACUGACUCUUGCCCUGAUUCCUUGUUCAACGAGCUGGUCAAAUCCCGGGCGGCGAAAGUCAUCAAAACCCUCACGGAAAUCAACAUUGCUUUUCUGCCGUACGAGUCACAGGUUUAUUCUCUGGACUCUGCCGACUCGUUCCAAAGCUUCUACAGCCCUCACAAGGCUCAGAUGAAGAACCCGAUCCUGGAGCGCUUAGCGGAGCAGAUCGCCACUCUCUGCGCAACUCUGAAGGAGUACCCAGCCGUCCGAUACAGAGGGGACUAUAAAGACAACGCCAUGCUGGCCCAGCUGAUACAGGACAAACUGGAUGCCUACAAGGCUGAUGACCCAACCAUGGGUGAGGGCCCAGACAAAGCUCGCUCCCAGCUCAUCAUCCUCGACCGCGGCUUCGACCCCUCCUCCCCGGUUUUGCAUGAACUGACCUUCCAAGCCAUGAGCUACGACCUGCUGCCCAUUGAAAAUGAUGUCUACAAGUACGAGACGAGUGGCAUUGGGGAAGCCCGGAUCAAGGAGGUUCUGCUGGACGAGGACGAUGACUUGUGGGUCACCUUGCGCCACAAGCACAUUGCGGAGGUUUCCCAGGAGGUCACCCGGUCUCUGAAGGACUUCUCUUCCAGUAAAAGGAUGAACACCGGGGAAAAGACGACCAUGAGGGACCUCUCCCAGAUGCUGAAGAAGAUGCCGCAGUAUCAGAAGGAACUCAGUAAGUACUCAACUCACCUCCACCUGGCCGAAGACUGCAUGAAACACUACCAAGGCACCGUGGACAAGCUCUGCCGAGUGGAACAGGAUCUGGCCAUGGGCACGGAUGCAGAAGGGGAGAAAAUCAAGGACCCCAUGCGAGCCAUCGUCCCGAUCCUGCUCGACGCGAACGUCAGCACCUACGACAAGAUCCGCAUCAUCUUGCUGUACAUCUUUCUCAAGAAUGGCAUCACCGAGGAAAAUCUGAACAAGCUGAUCCAGCAUGCCCAGAUCCCACCGGAAGACAGCGAAAUCAUCUCCAACAUGGCUCACCUGGGAGUGCCCAUCAUCACAGAUUCGACCUUGCGCCGCAGAAGCAAGCCAGAGCGAAAGGAGCGUAUCAGCGAGCAGACCUACCAGCUCUCCCGGUGGACCCCAGUGGUGAAGGACAUCAUGGAGGAUGCGAUUGAGGAUAAACUAGAUACCAAGCACUAUCCGUACAUCUCUACCCGAUCCUCCGCCUCCUUCAGCACUACAGCAGUCAGCGCCCGCUACGGACACUGGCAUAAGAACAAGGCUCCCGGGGAGUACAGGAGUGGCCCCCGCCUCAUCAUCUUCAUCCUGGGAGGCGUGAGCCUGAACGAGAUGCGCUGCGCCUACGAGGUGACGCAAGCCAGUGGGAAGUGGGAGGUGCUAAUAGGGUCUACCCAUAUCCUCACCCCACAGAAACUGCUGGACACGCUCAAGAAACUGAAUAAAACGGAGGAAGAAAGCAGCAGUUAGAAACAACACAUAUAUACACCAUUCCUUUCCUCACUCCUCAAAGCAGUGACAUUACUUCUGUGUUUCCCUCCAUCCCAGCUCUGCACAGCGCUGCCUGAGCUUGAUCGGUUGGACAUCUAUCCAUUUUUGUCCUCUUGUGUUUCGGUGGACCAUUCCCUCUUCCCUAUCCUUCCCUCCAUCUCGUUCACCCUCCAUUUUGAAGCAAGGGUAAAUAAGACAGGAAAAAUAUGCAUUGUGUCUGAGAAAAAAAAUGAGUAAUAUAUUGUAUACUAUAGAUAUUAUCUCCAUAUGUAUCUGAUGAAAUAAGCCGCCAAAACCAAACUACCAUUUCCGAAGAACCCAUCGCUUUGUCCUUGGCGAUUAUAUGAUGGUUAUUUUUUAAAUAAUGUAUUUUUAUUUUUCCUCUCUGCCUGGAUGGAUGAAUGCUCGUGACUUAUAUUUAUGGCUAUGUGAUCUUGUACCUAAACUCAGAUGCAAACUGUGAAUGUUCUCCCCUAUGCGUUGGAAUUUGCUUGCAGUUUGGAAAUACUGUAAUUCCCCCUUCCUCACAUGCGGCACCGCUGCUGGAAUGGUCGUCUCUCUUUCGUUCUUGACUCCGUGUAUUGUUGGUUGGCUUCUGGGAAGUGUUGCCAUUGCGUUCGCUUUGCUUGCUUCCUGGCGCUUUUUGCAAUUGGACGUUUUUUGGACCAACGCUCCUUAGGGUUUCUGCGAUAGACGCAACAGCUGGUUGCUCCAGUGUCUCCUGUCUCGCUGCAGAGGGGUGCUUGAGAACCUACAGGGUUUCGAACUUGUGGAAGGCUGCUGGGCAAGCGGUGUUUUGGGCUUCCCAUUUCACCGAGUUGUGGGUUUUUGUCAGACUAGUUAGUGCUACUGCAGCCUUGAAAAAGCAAAGCCCCCCAUAGUGUCAGGCAAGCAACCAGUUUUUCAGGAGGGUCCUGACUAUCCUAAGAGGAGGAGAUGGAGAAAGAAAAUGAUGGAGAGGCUGCUGAAAGCGUUACACUCCCAAUCUUCUUGUUGUUCCUGUUGCCCUCCUCAAAAAACAAAAAAGAGCUUCUUCGGUUUGAGUGAGACCUCCGGUUUGAAAUCAUCUCCCAUUUCAUGAUGAGUUAGUCACACAGUUCAGCGGGUUGGUUAUGCAUUUGCGGUCCCUUAAAAGCAACGGAACAACAAUGCAGAACUCCACACCAAUGUUCAGAGGGUCUUUCCUUUACAUGGCAACUAAAAAUGGAUCAAAUCCUGCACGUUUGCGCCUUCUGCUUUAAAGGCGUGCUCAGUUCUGCUUUGUAUAGUAGCCUCUCUCUGGUCAGGAUGGGAAAAAGAUCUUAAUAUCAACAAGGAGGGAGGGAAGUGUAAUUGGGGGGAAAUUGAAAUGGUAUGAAAACCUGAGCAAUAGUCCAGUCAAAGUAAGAACAGUUCCGUACCCCAUUGUGUCCAAAAGAGAGCGCUUUUACAUGUGUGGACAAUUAUUCCUAUGCAAAGCAUGGAAUUUGAAGAGCAGGAAUUCUUAAGCUUUCCGUUGCUUGGAUCAUUUCCUCCCGCACAACCACUGACGACAGAGUUCCUCUUGGUUUGGGUUUUUCCAUGCACUCUUGGGGUGUUUCUUUGCUUCGAUCUUUUUUCUGUCGUUGUCCAAUAGAGAAAUAUUUCUGGUUGUGGCAGGUGCCCUCCCCAUUUCAAACCCCUUCUCCUACUGCAGACUGGAUAUAUAUAAAUUAAAUAAUUGUGUCUCGUGACGUACUUGCAAGCUUGGAGUAAAGUGAUUCAACUCAGUCCUUUUUACAUUGCUCUGCAUUUUACUUCCAACAAUGGCCGUGUUAGCUACCUGUGCUUUUAUUUAUUUAAAAAUAUUGUUUUGCUUUUGAGGGAAAUGUUACUUUUGUUCUCUUGCUGUCUUUGAUUGUUCCCCUUCCCAUAUAUCCCAGGGCAUUGCUCUUCUCUACCUAGAACAAUCUUUCUCAAUCAGGUGACCCUCCCAAUUAUAUAGGAAAUCCGACACAUUGGGGAAGGUUGUCCUACAUGUUCAGUAAAGAGAAGAUAAAAAAAAAAAACCCUCUUUUUAGUCAAUAUUAUUCUUGUGCUUCAUUUGCCUCUUUUUCCUUGCCUGUAAUGUUAUAUAUUCUUUCAUAUAUACGUGUGUGUUCAUUUUGCACUGGUAACCUUUUCGUCAGCCCCCCGACUGAUUUUUUCCUGCAUCCCCCUUUCUGAAAUUAAGCAUUGCAACUGCUUCGGGUUUUAGACAUGGCUCUAUUUUUGUUGUUUUUAUCAGUUAUUUAUAUUAAAAAUAAUACUUUAUCGAAUGAAGGAAAGAAUAUGAAUAGUUUUGGUUGCUGACGUCGUUUUAAUUCUCGAACCUUUAAUGUGUGGAACUGUCGAAGCACAAAUGUGUCAUCUCUGUAUAGCUGUCCUGUACUUCAAAAGCACUUGGGAGUCAAUAAAAAAUGCUGUUCUGUCCCA